GCGGUGAACUGCUCUCACCUCAGCACCUGAGAAGCAGGGCAUAGUUGAGUCCAGCCGGCCCUAUUGAGAAGAAACCUUUGCUGUCCGAUCCUUCAGUUGGAAGGCACUCUUGCUGGGGUGGCAAGCUGUUGGGUAGGAUUUCCCGACCCACCGGGUGGUGGUGACUGGCAGAGUGGGACUGCUGAGCCGUAGUCCGCAGCAGGAUUUGGCUUUUUGGUAGUAAAGGUAACUAAGAAAUAAGCAGUCUUAGGUGGUUAGUAGAAGCCGACGGACCUCUGUCUUUUACUCAUGCGUCUCCUUCUGAUGUGUAGCAGACGCCAACAUGCAGAUCUUCGUGAAGACCCUGACGGGCAAGACCAUCACUCUUGAGGUCGAGCCCAGUGACACCAUCGAGAAUGUCAAGGCCAAGAUCCAAGACAAGGAAGGCAUCCCACCUGACCAGCAGAGGCUGAUAUUCGCGGGCAAACAGCUGGAGGAUGGCCGCACCCUGUCCGACUACAACAUCCAGAAAGAGUCCACCUUGCACCUGGUGCUGCGUCUGCGCGGUGGCAUCAUUGAGCCAUCCCUUCGUCAGCUUGCCCAGAAGUACAACUGUGACAAGAUGAUCUGCCGCAAGUGCUACGCACGCCUGCACCCUCGUGCAGUCAACUGCCGCAAGAAGAAGUGCGGCCAUACCAACAACCUGCGCCCCAAGAAGAAGGUCAAAUAAAGCUGUGGUCAUACCUGGCAUGUGACCCCGGGACCAAAUAAAGUCCCCUUCCAUCCACUGGAGCAGUAA